ACCAUGAGCAAUCAGACUCUGGAGACAGAAUUCAUCCUGUGGGGCUUCUCGGAAAAGUCACUCCACAGGAUUCUCCUCUUUAUUCUCUUUUUCUCCUUGUACAUGGUGGCACUCUGUGGCAAUUCCCUCAUCAUGGCAGUUGUCACCUUCAGCUCUAGACUCCACACUCCCUUGUACUUUUUUCUGGCCAACUUAGCUGUAUUGGACGUUGUUUGUGCAUGUACUGUUAUACCCAAGCUUCUGGAGACCCUGGUGGCUAAAGGGACAGGGAUCUCCUACAGGGCCUGCAUGACCCAAAUGUACUUCUUGACGUGGUCUGUAGCAGCAGAACUCUUACUCUUUACAGCUAUGGCUUAUGAUCGCUAUGUGGCCAUCUGCCAGCCUUUGCACUAUAGCUACAUGAUGAGCCCCAUGGUGUGUGCAACACUAGCUGGAACCACAUGGGGAGUCAGCAUGUUUGGUGCGGGAGUUAAUACUUGUAUGAUGUUAAGGUUAGCUUUCUGUGGACCCAACGUGCUCAAUCACUUCAUCUGUGAGAUUCCCCCUCUGCUGCUGCUUUCCUGUUCUUCCACAUUUGUGAAUGAUGUCAUGACAAUCAUAGCUGACAUAUUCUUUGCUGAUGUGAACUUCUUACUUACCAUGGUGUCCUAUGGUUUCAUCAUUGAAACCAUACUAAAGAUUCGCACAAUGGAGGGGAAGCGGCGUGCCUUCUCUACCUGUUCUUCCCAUCUUAUAGUGGUCACCAUGUACUACUCCACUGUUAUCUAUGCCUAUCUGAGUCCAAACUCCAGCUAUUCCCCAGAGAUUGGGAAGGUUCUGGCAGUACUGUAUUCCAUUGUGAGUCCUGCUUUGAACCCUCUUAUCUACACCUUCAGGAAUAAGGAUGUCAAAGUAGCCCUCAAGAAAAUGGUGUCACUCAUGAUAGAAAAACUGUAA